CGAAGAGAGAAAGGAGCCCGGAACCCGGAUGGAGGCUGCAGAGAGCGAGGAUGAGGAGGACGUGUUCGAGGUGGAGAGCAUCCAGGACUCCAAGAUAGAGGAGGGAAAGGUGUUAUACCGAGUGCGCUGGAAGGGAUUUGAAGCGAGUGAAGACACCUGGGAGCCGGAGGCCCAUCUUGAAGACUGCAAAGAGGUUCUUCUUGAAUUCAGGAGGAAACAAGCAGAAAGCAAACAGAAAGUUGAUAAGAAGGAAUCACCGCCCAAAUUGUUUCCUGAGGAUCUUUUUGAGGCAGAGUCUGAUAGCAACUCGAAAGAGGAGACGCCCCAGAAAAAGAAGAAGAAAUCUAAGGAGGAGGAGGAAGAGGAGGAGGAUGAUGACAAGCUUCAGGAAGAAUUGAUAAAGAAAAAAUCUAAAUCUGGAAAAUCAAAGGAAAAAUCUAAGCCUGAGGUGGAACCAGAGAGCCAGCCUACUGAGUCCAAAUCAAAGAAAAGACUGUCCGAGAGCAAGGAGGAUCUGAGCAGCAAGAAGCCUAAGAAGGAUGACACCAAGGACUCCAAAAAGUCCAAGAAGGAAGAAGCCAAGGACACUAAAGUGAAAGAGGACCAGAAAGAGAAGAAACCCAAAAAAUCAUUGAGGUCAGAGCUGUCUAAGGAAGAAACAUCGCCUGUAGGACCUGAGGCAGAGACUGUUAGCAUAUGCAGCGAUGUCCUGUCAGAAGACAGAGACAAAAUAGGCCAGGAUGGAGACCUUAGAAAUCCAGAAACCACCCCUCCAUAUCAAGCAGAGGAACUUUCUUUUGGGGGUCCUCUUGAGGAGGAGGUGGAUGAAGUAAAAUUGAAAAAGAAGAAAAAGAAACACAAAAAGAAAAAUGAUGAUGCCAAGGCUGAGUUGUUUGAUGCCAGCCAUCAGGACAAGAAAAGCCUGGUGAAAAAGCAAAAAUCAGUUGAAAAGGUUAAAGAAGCCUUAGCUGUGGAAAAACUACCAGCCCCAGUGCUGAAGAGGCCCAGUACUGAUGACAAAGUUAGGAAGUCUGUGGACUCCUUGGCAGAAAAUAAGGAAACAAAGAAAGCUGAAAUAGUCAAGGAAAAGCCCAAGAAAAAGCAUGAGUUUGAGAAAGAAGCAAAGAAGGAGCUAAAAGUGGUAAAAGCUCUAAAGGAACAAAAACAUGUGUAUGAUGCCUUCACCAUAUCUUCUGAAGAUCGAGAUGAUUGUUUGGAGAGCAUUAGGAAGGAACAAGAGUCUUUUGACUUUCGAUCCUCCGAAGAUUACAAAGCUAAGGAAGUGAAACCAGCAUUUAAAGAGAGGAGAUCUACGCAAGAAGAAACCGAUUCAUGGACAUUUGGAGCUUCUGAAGGGGAUCAAGAGGUUAUGGACACAGUGUAUCGCAAGCAGGAAAACUCUGAAGGCAAGGCACAAGUAGGUGGAAUGGCUGUGGAUCUCCAGCUGGAGUGGAUGACUUUGGAGGACUUUCAGAGGCAUCUUGAUGGAUCUGAUGAAAUUAUGCCGAAGGAUCCCAUCUCUAAUAGUGCAUUGAAAGAGGCCGUCAAAAAUGGGGACUACUUAACUGUGAAAUAUGCACUUAAUUCCAAAGAAGAGUACAACCUGGACCAAGAGGACUCUAGUGGGAUGACUCUGGUGAUGAUGGCUGCAGCUGCAGGACAGGAUGACAUUCUCCGCCUUCUGAUCAGGAAGGGAGCCAAGAUCAAUGCUAGACAAAAAAACGGGACUACGGCGCUGAUUCAUGCUGCUGAAAAGAAUUAUCUGACAACUGUCUCCAUCCUGCUGGAAGCUGGAGCUUUUGUGAAUUUACAACAAGCAACUGGGGAAACAGCCCUGAUGAAGGCAUGUAAGAGAGGGAAUUAUGAUAUUGUGCGACUCUUGAUAGAACAAGGUGCAGACUGUAAUGUGCUGUCAAAGCACCAGGGCAAUGCUUUACAGUUCACUAAACAGAACAAUAAUGUGCUGCUAUAUGAAUUCAUUAAUGGCCAUUUGGAAAAACUUUCCAGGGUGGUGGAAGAUGCAAUAAAGGAUUAUUUUGAGACACGCCUUGCUGUGCUUGAACCCAUCUUUCCCAUCGCCUGCCACAGGCUGUCUGAGGGACCAGACUUUUCUCUGGACUUCAACUACAAACCCCCCUAUAAUAUUCCUGAAGAAUCUGGAAUACUUCUGUUUAUUUUUCAUGCAAAUUUCUUUGGUAAAGAAGUGGUGGUUCGAUUAUCUGGACCAUGCAGCGUCCAGGCUGUGGUGUUAAAUGACAAGUUCCAGCUUCCUGUGUUUUUGGAUGCCCAUUUUAUUUACUCCUUCAGUCCUAUUGCUGGCCCCAAUAAACUUUUUAUUAGACUCUCCGAGGUACCAAAUGCAAAGGUGAAGUUGCUGAUUACUGCGUACAGAGUACAACUCCAUUAGAAGAUGACACAUUUGAUGAUUUUUCCACAUUGAAGUUCACGGGCCCUCCUUGUACAUG